AUGGUUUAGAAUUUAAACUCUCUCAGAAUCCCUCUCUACUUCAAAAUUCGACUUUUAGUUCGCGUUCUGUAACUCUUUAUCCCUAUUCUGUAGUCCUGGUCCGAAAGGUUGUUAUAUAUUGAUGACUAUGGUGAAACUAUUCCUGCUUAUUCUUCCAUUGGAUUCCUCCCUUUUAAGAUGGUUUUCCAAGUUACAUUUAAAGGUGUUCAAAUUGCUUAAUUUUUAAUUUAAUUUUUUUACAUGA